AUGGCCGCGCUCCUCGGCCCCGUGUUGUUCAUUUACUUCACAUGUAUAUCUACUGUCCAGACUAGUGACUGUCUGCACUUGAGGGAGCAAUGUAUUAAUGCUGGAAAUGGAUGUGAGAGUGUCUGGAAUGUAGUUGAAGAUGCCUGCAAUAUUUCAGGUAAUAGAUGCAAGGCAGAAGACACUGUUGGAUGUAAUAGAAUAAUCCGGGUCCUGGCUGAUGAAUACCCAGAAUUUAAAAACUGUGUCUGCACUACAGAUGAUACCUGUAGCAUCACAACUUUGCUUGGGAAAUGGUGCAACAUUAAUAGAGACUAUUUGGAGUCUUUCUCAAGGUCAGACACUGAACUGAGUAUUUGGCAGCACAGAAACCCCGAAGAGCAAAGGCACUCAGGGGACCUGGAGAUCGACUGCAGCGUGGCGAAGCGGCGCUGCCAACAGGAGCCUCGCUGCUCCGCCGCCUUCAGGAGCUUCCAGCAGGUGUGCCAGGCAACUGCACACACCUGCAGCCUCCCCGUGCCUGCAAAGUGUUUGUCAGCCUGGAAAGAGCUGAGGAAAACAGUCCUGGGAAAGUGCACGUGCUCAGAGCCACUUCGGACAAGGUGCAUUAAAAUCUGGAAGGAAAUAUUUAACAACCCUUGUUUAAAAUACUCUCUGGAGAGCCAAGCCUCAGGAGCUGGUGAAAAUGAUGGCAAUGAUGAUGACUAUAAUGUUGAUGUUGAUGGUGAGAAAAAUCUGGUCACUAACACAGACAAUAUUAAUAUGGAAACAAAAUUACAAUGGGGUUUAUCUGCUCUUUCCAAGCAAGCGUACACAACAAACAGAAGCUGUUUGGAUGUGAACAGGGAGUGUGUUGAAGAUGAAGUGUGUAACAAACAGUUGUCCCUGUACCUUAAAGUUUGCUCAGUAAAUAAGUGCAAUGUGGAAGGAUGUCAAGCAGCCAUAAGGUUCUUCUAUCAAAACAUGCCUUUUGAAGUUGCCCAAAUGAUGAUAUUUUGUGACUGUAUCCAGCAUGAUGAAUCCUGCCACAGAGCCAAAGAACUUCUCCAUGGCAAGUCCUGUGCAGUUACUGCAGUUCCACCCCCAUCGUGUCUGAAUGUAAUCCACGCGUGUGAAGAGAAUGAAUUGUGCAGGAAAAAAUACACAACUUUUCGGUCAAAGUGUUGGAGACAUGUGACAAAAAAGUGCUAUAAUGAUGAAGCUUGUCUUGAAACUUUAAUGAAGGAUGACAUGCCCUGUUCUGCCAACACUGAUUGCAAGGCAGCCUACAUCAGCAACUGGGGCACGAUGCUGCACAUGGAGUGCACCUGCCAAAAUUUGCCUCCUGUGGAGCAGCCUUUGUGUGAGCUCUUCCACCACAUGCUGCACAGCAAAUCCUGCUUCAGUGACUUACGUCAAAUUUCUGUUCAGAAGAAGGGUUUUCACUGGGUAAAUACAGAAAUGCCAGGGGAAAAGAUUUCUGGAGCACAGCUCCAUUCUUCUGCAAUUAAUGGUGAAAAUGUCUACAUUAUUGCUUACUCCUCCUGCAUAGCUCUCAUCCUAGGAAUAGUCCUGUUGACUCUCCUAAAAAUCAGAGCCUGCAGAACAAAGUAUGAGUCAAGAAGUCCCUCGCCAGACCAUUCUUCUGAAACAUUUAUGGUCCAUUAUAAAAGUCACAGAUGA